GGGUUUGCGAAACUGGUAAAACUUUUAUUUUUUGUUGUUUCUUCUCAUCAAACAAUAAUUUAAUGAAAUGGAUACUAUUUACUUAAAAAUUAAGGAACUUGGACAUGUAAACAGUAAGCGCGACGAGCUAGAGGAGCAUUGUAAAGCCAAUAUUGACCAGAUUCUGAAGUUCUUACCACGUCGCAUUUUGAACAGUGAUGGGGCGGAUAUUCUUGACUGUUUGCUGAAUGGGCUAACCAAUAAUCCUUCAUCAUCAAGUAGAUAUUCUGCUAAAAUUAUAGAUAUAGUUUUGCAAUCAAUGAGGAAGGAGUCUACAUCUCUCACACACUGCAGUGAUGUGAUCAGCAGGCUUUGCUUGGAGCUGUCCCGGCAAACUGCUGACGAACUGGUCAGGUGGAGCAAUGAUAGCGUUCAGUCUAUCAUCGGCGACUCUGACGUUAAUAUGAUAUGGCGAGAUAUCCUUCCAGAAUGUAUGAACGCACUGUCAUCAUGCAGUGAGAUCAAACACUGCGGGACGGUGUUGACAUUUGAUGAGUACAAACAACAAUGUAUACACACUUUGUGCCAAUGCAACUGGACUGAGAAGCAGCUGGUGCAGCUUGUGGCUAUGUUUAAAGACCUGCAGUUACCUCGAAAUGAGCAUAAGCAAGUGGUGAAUAAAGUGUGUUCGUACAUCAUCAAUAUUUCGCCAGACGAAAUGCCGCCGCUCGUCCAUCAACUCUUGAAGCUUUGCAAAUUGUACAAUGUGGACAUAGUGCUGGCCCACUUAAGCCAUUACUUCAGCGUGCGACUGUACAGCAAGCUUGAGCCGCCGCCGAACGACUCCGAGUCCACCACUAUGGAUAUAGACGACAUAGUGACCCACAGCGCAGCAGAGCUCAGCCGUUGCCUCUCGACCUGCAUCUACCACAUAACAGAUGGCGCCACCGAGCCAGAGGUCAUACGCCGGCACCUGAAGACUUGGCCGAAGACCCAGCUGCUCAGAGCGCCCUUUAUCAUGGACUUGGCACUGGCCAUGUCUGAGAAGGGACCGGACUUUAGGAGUGUUUGUUUGGAUGCCAUAAAGUCCGCAAUCGAGCGGCGGGUGUUAGACGAGCUCAAAGGCAAGGAGUCCGCGUGGGUUCGCUCAGUCCUGCCGCCUGACGUAGACAUAGCCAGUGUACUGAAGGUUCUCACUACUGAGAGCGCAAACCACCGCCAGCUAACAGUCGUCGGUCUCAUCAACCUUGCCUUCUCUCUCCUCUCGAUCAACAAGACGAAGCCGGUGGCCCAGGCGUGCUGGUCCCACGGGAAGCUUAUCCUGGUGCGCCUCUGCAAGUCGCAGCCGGAGACAGCUGGCCAUAUCCUCAACCAGCUGGCUUGUAAAUUGGCUACGGAGUCUGCUCAGAGGCAGUAUGCGGACUGCCUCCACGUGCUCUGCAAGCUAACACCGGUCUCCAUCGAGCGUUGCCCAGAACUGACCACGAUCCUAGAAAACUGUCAGCCGUCCCCGCACGACUACCGCGCGGCCGCCGCAGUCCUGGCCGCCGUGCACCCGCUGGUCAACUUCAGCACGCGCAGCCGCGACGCGCUCGUCAUGGUGUGCCGCAAGCGCCUGUACUCCAGGGACUCCCCCCACCGCUGCCUAGCGCUAUCCGGCUUCCUCACAGUCCUACGCUACAUGAAGCUAUCCCGCGGAACAUUCUCGCACAGCCAGAGCGUGUGCUCGCAGUACAGCGGCCACUCGUACCUCACGCAGAUCGCCGUGGACUUGCACGCCACGCAGCAGCAUGUAGUGACUUCUCGCGUGCGCAACGAGGCGAUGUGUAUGGAGGUGGUCUCAAUCCUUCGCCGCUGCUUGGUGCAGGAUGCAGCCGUUAAACAGCUUUUAUACAGCAAUCUAUACGAGUGUGCGGCCGAGAAGACUGCCUUGCACGAGUCCAUUCUAGAGCUGCUAUACGAACACCUGAGCAAGUAUUUGCCUGAACCGGACCCCGCAAGCCCGCCACUCAUGCUUGAUAAGUGUGUGCAGUUGAGCGGUGUUUCUGCUGUUUUGACGGAGCCAAUAUCCCACCUCCUAUUCGCGGUGGCCCAGUUCCUUCAAGCGACAGAGGAGGAGGACCUGGAAGACAUCCUCUCCAGCCAGGCGGCCGACACCGCCGCCGCGUACUUGAAGAGCAAACUCACUAGUGUACUGGAGACUAUAAGCGGGAACGAACACCUGGGGCAGAUCGAUUUGGAGGACCCAUCCCUAACCGAUCUCCUGCCGGAAAGCAGAGCCAAAUGUCUGAAAGUGCAGCAAAUCCUGCAAAUUUAUGAGGCGCUGAUCGCACACCGCAUCAUGCAAUGGGGCCCAAGCAGCACCAACGCGGCGGCCAAAGUCUACAGCCUGUUUAAAGCUUGUAACCAGCUACUGGAGCAAACCAAGGCACCACCAAAGUCCAAGAAAGGCAACAAAACGCUGAACGAAACGAAGGAGACAGUAAAGACGCAAAAGAGCCAAAAGUCGCAGAAGGAUAAAGGCAAGGGGCCCGUCAAGAUAUCGGCUCUAACCAAGGACAGGGCUGGCCCGUUCAAGCCGCUACCGUGUGUGUGGGAUCUACGGUUCUGUUAUAGAAUUGUAGAGCUAUUGUACAGCGAGGAAGUCCCCUGGUCAUCCCUCGAACAAAGGAACCAGCUCCGCGGUCGCCGGGACUUCCACCACUGGACUCUGCGGUGUGUAGCCUCUGUGGUGACUGACGACCACUUGGAUAAGGGACAGCUGGCCAAGUACGCGCCUAAGGUCGCUCGAGUUAUGUACACGAGGUGUCUGUGCAGAUUCCAAGACAUGUGCGACUUUGAUGAUCAAACCACUUUGGGAUGUAUUGAGGUCUUCAAAGCGUGCCUCACAUUACUUCUAUCACCGAAUCAAUCGUUGAAAAUCGAGAGUGUACUACCGCUAAUAACUGGUAUCCCAGACUGCACAGCGUCAGUAGGUCUGGCGGCCAUAUUGGAACAGCUGCUCGCCGCCUUCGAGCUGGUGGAAGAAGAGGCCGUGGCUGAAGAGCGCGAUUUGUCGGUCAAGAAGCACCUCGCCGCUCUCGUGCAGACCACGGCCUUACUUCUAGACGUGCCGGUCGUGCCUUGCCAGAAGUUGAGCGGGGUGAUAAUAAAGCUGGAAGAUUACCUUCGGACCAGCAAGCAAGACUGCCUGGCGUUAUUACCAGGCGUGCUUUCAGCCGGCUGCCGCGCACAACUGGAGGCCCAAUUUGUGGACCAGUUGCUAACCAAACUAGCUGCUGCACUAGGAAGAGUUGAUGAAGAAGACACAUCAGCCGGCGAAGAGUCAACCGACUUCCCCACGAUCGAUUCCCGGUCGGGUCACACGGUGCUGACGUAUCUGUGCGCUCACGUCAACAAUCGCCUGAAGCGCGCGGAACACUUGCUAGCGCGCGCUCGGGACUUGAACGCGGCGUUGGUAACCGCGCCGCACCAGCAUCAACAGAGGAUCAGAAGAGAACUAACCGAACUCUACAAGUCACUAGUUCUUCAGCUAUGUCAGCUGACAGGCUGCGUAUCACGCGUGGGCAAGCUGCGCUGCUGCGUGGGCGUGGGAAGCGACCGCGUAUUGGCUGCUGGUGUGAGGCUAUACGCGCUGCUGGCCCAGCUGAUGAAGCAGCUGCCAGCUGACAUCGCGCCGAGUCUACGCCUCGAACGCCUCCUCAAGCUGUCAGGCAAGAAGCUGUCAGGCGUGACGGACAACCUGAUCUCGUACAUCGAGCUGUCGCAGCAGCAGCAGCGCGCCAGCCGGGUGCUGCAGGACACCAAGCUCAUCCCGCGCCUCGUGGCCGAGGCCGAGCAGUUCAGCAACCACGUCAUCCUGCUGGCCAACCGGGCGAAGUUGAACUUGCAACACUACUUGUCGCCGGGCACCGCUCGCGAUUUUCGGAUCCGGCAGCCGCUGCUGCAGGAAGCUCUCAACGCGCGCCCGCCCACCGCUGACGACCAAGACGAAACUAGGGACAAUGAAGAGAUAAACGACGCAGCGACGGUCAUGAUCUCACCAGUGGCCAGCGACCAAGAGGAGGAAAACGCUAGCGACGAAGAAACUAACAGCAAGAAACGUAGGAGGGUGUCGUAAAGUGUUAAUUUAAAUAAUGUUGUUUAAGAAAUGAUAAUUAUUAAUGAUUAUUGCUGUGAUAAUAAAUGCCAUACAUUUUA